CCGAGCUGCAGGCCCUGCUCAGUGGCUGAGGAGGCUUGAAAGGUUCGGUGUGUAGUUCUCUGAGCGCUGCUGCUGGGCGCUGCGGUGAGGGGAGCAAGCUCCGAAGUCGCCAUGACUGCAGUGACCUAUGAUGAUGUGCACGUGAACUUCACUCGAGAAGAAUGGGCUUUGCUGGACCCUUCCCAGAAGAGUCUCUACAAAGAUGUAAUGCUGGAGACCUACAGGAACCUCACUGCUAUAGGUUAUAAUUGGGAAGACCAUAAUAUUGAAGAACAUUUUCAAAGUUCUAGAAGACAUGGAAGGCAUGAAAGAAGCCAUACUGGAGAGAAACCCACUGAAUAUACUCAAUGUGGUAAAGCCUUUGCAUAUCCAAGUUAUCCUCAAAGGCAUGAAAUAAUUCAUACUGGACAGAAACCCUAUGAAGGUAUUCAGUAUGGUGAAGCCUUUGCACAUCACAGUAGUCUUCGAAUACAUAAAAGCACACAUACUAGAGAGAAACCCUACAAAUGUAAUCAAUGUGAUAAAUCCUUUUCACAACAUAGUUAUCUGAGAACACAUAAAAGAACACAUACUGGAGAGAAGCCCUAUGAAUGUAAUCAAUGUGGUAAAGCCUUUGUAUAUCACUGUUAUCUUCGAAUACAUAAAAGAACACACACUGGAGAGAAACCCUACAAAUGUAAUCAAUGUGAUAAAGCCUUUUCACAACCCAGUCAUCUUCGAAUGCAUAAAAGAACACAUACUGGAGAGAAACCCUAUCAGUGUAAUCAAUGUGGCAAAGGCUUUGUAUGUCACAGUCAUCUUCAAAGGCAUGAA